AUGUUCUUUAGGCUGGUCAAGAUUACCAUGAGGGUAUUCGAGGGUCACUGCGACUUUACCUCCUUCAGUUCGGUUACCUCCAGCAUUCCGAAGGUUAUCCUUUUCAUGAUGUCGACAACACGCCCUAUAACUCCACCACUUCUAGAGAAUCGUGCACAAUUUAUCAAUGAAUUUCAGACUUCAUUCACGGCAUUUUCGAACCUCGUCAAAGAAGGCAGCGUGAUUACCGGCCCUCAGAAUACACAAGUGCCGCCAUCUCCGGGUGCCACGACCUUCACGACCUCAGAUCAUGGCUUGGAUCAAGCUACAACAAAACUGCGAGCCAACACGGGAGCUGGAAUCAAGCACACUCGUGCGGAGCAGCGCAGACCAUUCCGGUUCUUGGCGUUGCCAGGUGAGAUACGAAACUUGAUCUAUGAUCAUACUCAAGAUGAUACAAGACAGGCACUGCUUGUGCACCGCCCUCGACUGGCAUCGCUCCGUUCUCGCACCCGGGUCGACCGGUCCCGUCCGCUAGCAUCGGAGGUCGCAGGCCACGAGCACGAUAAGCAACUUGAGCUCGUCAAAUCAUUUCGAUCGAUGCAUACGAAGAAAAAUACAGGCGGUCUAUCUAGAGAGUCUCACCGUCCGUUCUUUGGCCUCACGCAGGUGUGCAAGGCCAUUCGCCAAGAGUUCAGACCUAUCUACCUACGAUACCAGGAGAUUGGUAUGGACCUCACUGAGAUUGUCAAGUAUCUGAGAACCUUCUACGCCGAUGCACCGCAAAAGUUGGCUACCAUUGCAGCCCCUGGAGUUCGGAAGCAAGAUCUGUCAUACACUGGCAACCUCACCAUCGCCGUCAGUGACAGGCCGAAUAUGAUGGAGCGUGGUGCUCACGGAAUUGACAUCUUCCCCCUUUUGGACAUUUGGGCUAACAGUUGGAAGAUCGAGGCCGGAUUUGGUCGCUACAUGAAAGCUCGCUAUUAUCCCGAGGCGGAUGGCGAAGCCAAAGAUCUUUACCGUCUCUUUGGCCGCAGGGUCCUACCUACCCGAUCAUGCUCCGACAUGAACACACUGUGGCGCACUAUUCUGCGUACUCGUGCUGUUGCAGCAGUCUUCGUUCACCGUGCACCAACAAGUCCUCUUGCUCUCAGCACAGAACCUACUAGGGCUUUGCCUCAACUUGCACAGCGUCGUGCUGCACAGCAUCCUCUUGCAGGCAAUGGGGCUUACAUCCACAUCGUCUUCAAGAAGGACACUGCUGAACCUUGGAUGACCAGCUUCGAAUCAGACAUCCCCACUGGCUGGCUGGCGGAUCGCGGCUUCUACAACAUGGACUUCUUUGAGAUGAGAGUUGGCGUUGAGGAAUCACAUGAACAUCAUCUCUAG